AUGGUUUUCAAACUGAAAAGCAAGCACGCCAGCACCCCCACAGCGCUGCCAUCGUUCAAGCCAUUCGCCUCGCUAAAGACCUCGCCAGUGAGCACAGCUCCUGCCGCAGUAAACGAGCAAUCACCCGAGGAGUUUGAAACAACAUGGUUUGGCGCACCGGUCUUCGACAUUGGUUUCUGGUACGACAAAGGCGGCAUGGACAAGGUGCGCGAGAAGCGCGAGGAGCUCAUGGACGGCAUUGAGGUUCUCGUCCUCACAUACAGCACCGCGAGCAGCACCGAUUGGGACUGGCACUCGCUCGCGCUUGGAUGGCCCAACGUGCACACCAUCGACAUUGAGUGUGACGUGUGCAAUGUGGAGACCGACCAGCACACCACGCGCUGGCUGCGUAUCAUCCAGGACCAGACGCUGUUCCCGUGCGCCCACACAUACAGGCUGACUGCACGUUGGGCCGGCUUCAGCGAGGUCUUUGAGCACCCAAUUGGCGGCGGGCAGAUGGGCAGCGAGCGCCAAGCGCGCUUGGCGCUACUCAGGCACCUGCCCCCGCAUAUCACGCACCACGAGUCCGAGCUCCUGUUUCUCAAAUACCGGCUUUUGUUUCUGACCGCCGUCUCGUUCGACAUGGGGGAGAUUGAAAAGACACCGCAAGGCUCGCGCUGCAUGUAUACGUACCUGAACAUACUGCUGAAAACGGACGUCUUGGGACCAAAGACCCUCAAACUCAACAGUGCCAAGGCACAAGGCAUUCGGACACUUCUUGAGACAAUCAACCGCAAUGAGCAGAGGCUAAACUACCCGCUGUUGCGCUCGGUGACAGACUCUACUGCGCUGCAGUUUUCGUUGCGCCAGCUUACCCUCGACAUGCGCAAACUGACCGAUGGUAAAACAGGCAUCCAGUUCUGCGCUGCGCACUUUCCCAAGCUCGAAUCGCUCAUUAUCCGCCACAGCCCCGACCUCACCGGCUCCCAGGACCAGUACAUGGAGCUGGGCGUGCUGUUCAGCCUGCCGUGGAAGUCGCUGGUUGAGCUGCAGCUGCCGUUCAUCACCGACUCCCUGUCCAGGAGGCUGCGUGACAAAUGCCCGGCGUUGCAAUUUCUGGUUGUCAGGCCAGAGCCACGGUACGAGCGCUGGCCAGAAUACUCUAAGCUGUUCACGCCGACAGGGUUGCGACAGCUGGCCCGCCAAUGGCUCGGACUAAAGCAGCUGAUCGUCAACUACGCAUUCCGCAACUACGCAGUGGAUACAAACACCGACAUGUCGCUUGCUGUCCGCCGCGGAACGAUAUCCAAGGGCCCCACCAGCGGCACAUUCUCGCGCGCGAGUCUCUCAGCAGCUACUGGAACCCGGUCCAUUGUGUCAGCGGCAUCGGAAUUGGCCUCUCUUGCAAACUCGAUGAUUCCAGGGCCAGCGUCUGCUGAAUCAUUUACUGUGCAGCAUGCCAGCAACAACAUCCGCGUCCUGAGCCUCCCAUACCUGCAGCUAACCUUUGCCACGGCGUUCAAGCUGCUUGAGGACCUGCCGCAUCUGCGCAUAUUCGAAUUCAUGUCGAUGUCCGAGAAGAGCGAGUCGCCGCCAGCGUCCAUCUCGGCAGGCACAUUCCGCCGGCUCACGUCGCUUCAGGAUGCGAUGGCGCCAAAGAAGCUGUUUGACGUCGAUGCACUGACCAAGAACCGCAUCAAGGCCCGGAAGCCCCCACUGGAGAACCUGAUCUUGCACGACGCCUGCAACGAGGACUACCUGCAUCGCGGGUGGAUCGACCUGCUCAACUUGUUGGCCCAGCUGGCGACGGUCACAUUCGUCACCAUCAACAGCGACGAUAUCGGGAUUGCCAAUCGCAUUACGCAAAACUGCCGUCGCUAUGACGCAAAUUUCGUCGCAGAGUGCGAGGACCGAACCCAGAGCUACAGGACAUGCGAGGCAUUCGCCAAAUCCUGGUCAAAGGUCGGGGGCAUGUACUGGGGCGGAAGCUAA